AUGGGCCUUCUUUCCUCCAAAACCCUCAUCAAAGCCCACGCCCUCUUCCUCUUCACGCUCGCCGUCUACCUAACCAAAUCCCCCGAGGUUAUCACCGAAAGCGAUGUCGUCUUUAUGAUGGGAGAAUUCCUCCAACUGGACGCGACCCCAACCUUCUCCCGCCCGCAAUCCCCCUUCGCAAUAUGCGGCAUUCUCCUCGUCGCCGACGCCCUCAUCGAUCUUAUCCUCGUCACCAAGAUCCCACACAUAAACGAGAUCCUGGCCAUGGCUGAAGCCGCACGCUCUCAAGCCCCAUCGUCCAUCGACGGACCAGCCCGCAUCCGAAGCAACCCGUUCAUCGCGCGCCUCGCGUCGCUAUACUCGGAGAUUUGGACACUACUAUCGGCGUCGCGAUUCUGUCUAUUCUUCGCCGUGUCGUUCUUUAUUUACCAGAGUAAGCCGGAUGCUUGGGGGGCCAUUGGGGGAAGCACUGGGGCUGGUCCUGCUGUGGCCCGCUCCGGCUCUAGCUUUCGGUUUGGGUUGGAGUCGACAGCCGGGGAAGUUUCGGGAUUGGAUCAGCUAAAGAAUCGCGUUGUCUUUACCUAUGGGUUCAUGGAGAUGAUGUUUUGGUUCUGGAUAUUUCUUACUCUCCGUGAAGAGAGGCAGGAGAUUGCGAUGCGAUUUGCGGAGCGGGAUCGAUAG